GGCGCAGCCAGCCGCCCGCGCGCACCGAGCGCCCCGUGCACCGCGAGAUCGAUACCCGUGCUAACCUCCACCACUCUGUCCCAACACCUUCCUCCGGAUCGAGCCGAGGUGCCCCGACACUUCCAGCAGCCGUCGCGCACGCACGUGGGUACUCUCGCAGCUCGUAGCGCCGAUAGCUUUUGUCAACACCAUCAAACAUGGCUACCUUCGAAAACACAUGAUCGCCAAUACGUCGGCUGGAACUAUAACAGCUAUCGGCGUUACGAAUUGUGAGAUUAUAAAGUAAUGGCAUUAUAAACAGUCCGUAAAGUGCAGCGUGGUCAUGGUUAUAGAGUGGUACUGACAGUGGUUGUGACACAUCGUGCGUCAAUGUUGGUGAGGUGAUAGUGUUGCCAGCAUGACGUCGUUGAAGCACGGGGUGAACCUGAGCCGGCGCGCGUGCAGGCGACCCCUCCUGUGGGCCGCGCUAGCAGCCCUCCUGUCCUGCGCACACAGCGGCCCUCUUGAAAGCACCACGAAACAAAGUCCGUCCAUAACAGUCGAUGGGAUCUCCACGUACCCCGGACUGGGGUUCGGGCCCAUGGGUCCCGUGGUGCCAGUACCAGGCGAGCCCCCAGGCACGCAGCUUCGUCAACACCAGGACACUACCACUAAUUUACCAAGCACAGAAAAACCUGAGAAAAAGGUGAAGAAACUGGUCAUCGCUGCCUUCGAAUUUCACCGGGUCGAAACGCCCUUCUUGAUAGGAUUAUGGAUUUUCUUCGCUAGUAUAGCUAAAAUUGGUUUUCAUAUGGCACCGAAGUUGUCGAAAAUGUUUCCUGAAUCUUGUCUUCUUAUUUUCGUGGGUGUCCUCAUCGGGGCCCUGCUGUUGAGUACGCAUAGUGUGCAUGUACAACCUCUGACGCCGGACACCUUCUUUUUAUACAUGUUGCCCCCUAUCAUCCUGGAUGCUGGCUACUUCAUGCCCAACAGAUUGUUUUUCGAUCACCUUGGAACAAUUCUUUUAUUUGCGGUUGUUGGGACUGUGUUCAACACCCUGACUAUUGGGGCGUCCCUAUGGGCCUGCGGACAGACUGGAAUGUUUGGCUGCACCACACCCCUUCUAGACAUGCUCUUGUUUGCAGCAUUAAUCUCUGCAGUAGAUCCAGUAGCAGUGCUAGCUGUUUUUGAGGAAAUUCAUGUAGAUGAAGUUCUUUACAUUGUAGUUUUCGGCGAAUCUCUGCUGAACGAUGCAGUAACUGUUGUAUUGUAUCACAUGUUUGAAGCUUAUACUGAGAUGGGACCAUCACGUCUUGAAUAUACUGACUUCCUUGCGGGACUCGCCUCUUUCCUGGUGGUGGCUGUUGGAGGGACGUGUAUUGGCGUCGUGUGGGGCUUCGCUACUGGCCUUGUCACCCGUUUCACGCACGAAGUUAGAGUCAUUGAGCCAAUCUUCAUAUUCGUAAUGGCUUACUUGGCAUAUCUCAAUGCUGAGAUGUUCCACAUGAGCGGAAUACUUGCUAUAACUUUCUGUGGAAUAACUAUGAAGAACUACGUGGAGGCGAACAUAUCACACAAGUCGCAUACAACAAUAAAAUACACCAUGAAAAUGCUGUCUUCGUCCUCAGAAACUAUUAUUUUCAUGUUUUUAGGCGUCGCUACUGUAAAUAAUAACCACGAUUGGAACACGUGGUUUGUGUUAUUAACGAUUGUAUUCUGCUCAGUAUUUCGUAUAAUAGGCGUGUACAUAUUUAGCGCAAUUGCCAAUAAGUUCCGUUUGCACAAACUUAAUAGAGUUGAAAAGUUCGUCAUGUCUUAUGGAGGUCUUCGAGGCGCAGUUGCCUUUGCAUUAGUUUUGUUAAUAGAUCCCGAAGUUGUGGAACUGCAGCCAAUGUUUGUUACUACCACUAUAGCUGUGAUAUACUUCACCGUAUUCAUUCAGGGAAUUACCAUAAAGCCUCUUGUGAAAAUACUAAACGUUAAAACUGCUGAGAAGCGAAAACCUACUAUGAAUGAACGAAUUCAUGAGCGGUUUAUGGACCAUUUGAUGGCUGGCGUAGAAGAUAUUUUAGGAAAACAUGGUAACCACCACAUGAGGGAUAAGUUCAAAAGAUUUGACAAUCGCUUCAUUAGGCCAUUCUUACUUAGGAACUACCAGGGUGCUGAACCAAAGAUUUUGGAGACCUACUCAAAGUUAGCUAUGAAAGAUGCAAUAGAAUACAUGCAACGAAACGCGUCUACUAUCGGAAAUAUAUCAGGCGCCGAAUCCAUGUCGGCCAUAUUCAAGAACUAUACUAAUGCUAAUUUCAAUGGAAGUCCCAGCUUCAGUCAACUGGACUCAUCAACAUGGAAUAUAGACAUGCAAGAGUUGGAAUAUAAUCCGUCAAAGAAAGAUCUGACGGAUGCCAAGAUACACCAUCUACUUGCAGAAGAACUUUGCAAACCAUUCAGACGGCAUCGUCGGCUGAGCUACAGUCGGCACGCGGUGAACGAUCGUGACCUCGGCACGCAAGUCAAUUACAAGACCCAUAUGAAUAUAAGGCGACGGGUUGGCGACAGAAAGCAUCACCAUAAGCGCAGUAAACGUGGAAAGCAGGAUGGGAAAAACCAUGUGACUUUCCCUGAAUUCCAGCAAAACGGUUCGGCCAAACAGUUCACGCACGGUAAAAUAAAGUAUUAUAGAUUAGACUACAUAGAUGAAGUUCUUCAAGAGGAAGGCGACGAGCGCGAGGCGGGGCCGCGACGCGAAGGUGACGACGGCGGUAUUACAUUCACUGCCAAAUCCCCGCCUGGAUACAAAGAAGUCAGUCCGACGUCCUCGCAUAAAGAAAAUAGUAGUUCACUUUUAAAUCAACUGGCUAACCUGCCUGGAUUCAAUCCCUUGAAAGCGAGGAUUGUUAAGCAGUACGCUAAAACACCCGAAGAAAUACUCCCGACAGCUGUUGAGAAAUCCUUACCGUGGAGAAGGGACAGAUCCACGUAUAACUUUGUUCCCAAUGAGGACAUCCUGGAAGAGGACGAAAGAAGAUUGUCUGAUUGUGACAAUGACACCUACAUGAUAGUAGCCGAGCACGCUCGCGUGGCCACCCCAACGGCGACGGAGACUAUGUUGCCAUGGAAACGCGAGGAAAUGGAGGGGUCCGGCGGUGGCGCCCUAAAACAAUCGGAGUUCCCUGCGUGGGCCUCGAACAAAGAGUAUCUAGCGUACAGCUCACCCUCGGCUACAUUUUUAGGAGGCAUAGAGAAGCCAAAACAUCCAAAAUCUAUCAUAGGUCUGUUCCGAAGAGAGAGCUCUAGCUCAACCCAAGGUGCUGGCGAGAAUGUAGUUGUAUCUGACUCGGAGGGGAACAGAGACUGCUGGAGUAAAGAAGGCACUUCUAAGGACCCUGUAGGAAGACAAGGACCAAGUUUACUGUCUAAGAGAAGCACAAGCCUUGGAGGUCCUUCGGUGCUAUUGAUGGAAGAUGUGGCGCACUCGGACCCGCUUGGCGCGUCUAGUAGACCAGCCAGCAUCAUGCAGGGACCACACAGAGGACAAUGCCGAAGAGGAUCUAUGUUGGAGUUAACUGGAUCAUUAUCUCGUGAUGCCAUCACAGAAGAGAAAUGCAGCAAAUCACUGCCAGAGAGUGAGCGUAUGGGGGUUAGGCGGUUGCCUCUGGGCCAGCAGAGUCUCCCCAGGGAACCCUUCAUCCGGCAGCUGACCAUGGCCUCCACGCUCCACACCAGCUCUUCGUCUGACGACUCCUCAGACGAGAACACCUGAGUGCCCCGCCGUGGUGACCCUGACAGGUUACCACUGUUGAAGUACAGGACGCUAGAGUAAUGAGCUUAUGCGGACGGUGAUAUUGUGAAAAUCAAGGAUACAUAAACUUUCUAAAAAAGUGCUGUGAAUCUGUGGUGUAAUCAUAAGUACGAGCAUUGAAUAAAAAGAAAUGUGUUAAUUAAUAUCCUGUAACGAAUUUUAUUCAAUAACUUUGAAAUCUGUAUUUUACGCAAAUAUUAAACGUCUUUGGCAAAACAGAAUCAAUUCUAAAGGCUUCGCUAUACUGAUUUCCUGUGAUAAACAUAGUAUUGGGAUUUUGACUAAAAUAUAGCCGUCAAGGUAUCCAUACCUAUGCGACUAAAAAUUACUUACCUACUUGAAUAGGAUGCGUUGUUAUUGUCUGUCAAUAAUCAUGAUACGCACAUUAAAAGCGAAAUAAUAUAACAUGCGAUAGAGUUAUAAUAUAAAACGUAAAAUUCUAUGGUAAAAUUGCUUGCAGUCUGAUCUGAGGCUUUCGAGAUAUUUUGGUAAAAGGUAGCUAUAACACGGUUACUGUAGAUUGUAAGUUGUAAAUAAGUCGCGUUGCAAUGAGCGCAUCAUGCAACGACUGGUAGGUACGCAUAAGUGUUUUAAAUAAACAAUACCUUCCUAUAUCAAUCUUGCCUUUUUGUUAUAUCGAUCGAAGAGCUCCCUAUAUAGUGAUACAGUAAUGGGAAACUAGCUGUUAAUCAAGAAUUAAUAUUGCUUUAAGUACAAAUAUCUAAACCAAUUUUAUAGUUGUUUGAAGUGUAUUUUUGUAUGCUCUUUGUAAAAUAUCAUGUAAUUACACACAGCACUGUAUUUAAAGUAAUCGUUUUAUAAUAAUUAUUCCUAUUUACGUAAAGAUAUUAAUGAGUUCAAACAUUGUACUUGUUGCCAAUGACAAUAUCAUUAGCUUACGUAGAAAUGAUUAUUUGUGAUGUGCUCUAGUUACCUAAUUAAUGCCUGUGUUUUAUAAUGAAACAUGACACGUUGUUUAAAUCUAGAAAAGUUGACUGAAAUACCGAGGUACUUGCCAGUGCACUUAUUUCCAUAUCGUUCAAGUUGAAUGGAAAAAGUCAAGCUCUUGGAAGCUUAAAACAAAUUAUAACCCAAAUUACCUUAGUUGAUGACAAACGGAUGGUUUUAUUCUUAUUGAUAAAUGUAUAUGUUUACCCAUGUCAUUGGCAAUUUGUGGUCAUUACAAAAUAAUUUCAACUUGUAUAAAUCGUUAUUAUUUAAUGAAACAUCGGCGCAAUGAAAAUGUUAAAUUGUUAUUAGAUAAACUAGAAUAUAGGUGUCAACCUGUAUAACUUUGUUUAUGAUGAAUAGACUAAUUUAGAACAAUAAUAGCUGUAGUAUUAGACAAAGUGUAUCAUAAUAACUUGUGUAGAUAAACAAUUUGAAAUGAAAUUUUGUUAAAUAAUUGAAUAAUUAACAGACAUUAGGUAGAUAAUUUUAGUAAAUACAUGUUUUACAAAAGAAAGCUCCGAAGUAGUAUAGAUGAAAGUACCAAAUUCGUUUUGACAUUAUUAUUUCAGUUUUAUAUAACUGUCAUAAAUUGCUUCUGUCCGGUGGAUUCCCUCAGUUUUGUCCUUUAUUAUAUCGACAUUUCACGUCGACAUUUUCACCUUAUUCCAAAAUAAAAUCAUUAUUGCCUUAUGUAUAACAGAAAUCACCAUACAUAGGAAGUAUUCCCAACCUAUUUUCUACGACUUUGGAAUUUUUGUAGAGUAAUAGUAAAAUGUCUGGCUCGAAAACCUACCUGAAUUCCAUGGUUCUUUACCUAUUUGAUUAACAGUCGAACUCAAAAUAAAACAGCACGAAUGUGCAAAAAAUGUAAAAUGUCAUUUUAAUUUCGUAACAGUAAUUUAUUAUGACAUAACAGUAAAAUUAGUUUGUUACAAUUUGUAAACACCCUGUUAAAAGCUUAGCAUGGGUACCUAAUUAGAAGUUUACUUGUUUUAUAACCGCAAGUAUCUUGUUGUCGGUCAUUUUUGUUUUUGCAAUUUAGAUGACUUUCCACAGAAAGUAAGCGUAGAUAGGUAAAUUAAUAUCCCCUAAUUAUUACAUAAUUGUUCUGUUUUGUUGUUUGUGGCUGUGUUACCAUGCUAAAAGUAAUCGCAUUUCUUAUAAAUAUAGGCGCCAUAAUGUUUUAUCUAGACAUGUUUAAAUAAAAAAAUAAGGAAACACGACAUUUUAAUAUCCUCCUUUAUUUGAGUCCGUUGAAGCCGUUUUUGUGUCACGAAAAUUCUCUUAUCAUUGACAUAAUUUCAAUAACGCUAUGUAAAUAAGAAUGUGCGAAUACCGUUAGCUAUAUUUAAAUAAUAAAAAAAAACAACUCUAGGUAUUCUAUAAUAAGCAAGCUUUGUAUAAAUGGGAUUAUGGUGUGUCAAUUGAUAAAAAAUAAUAGUGCCUAGCGUAGAAAAUCUACACCGCUCAUUAAUUGAUGAUAUUGUGGUUUUCUUUUAUACUAAAAUUAUUGUUAAAACUGUAUUAUAGUAGUACAAUAGAUAUAAACUGAAUAAAAAGAUCACAUUUGAGAGUUA